CGCAGCCCCGACGGGGCCACGGCAGGCGCGGCUAGAGCGCCGACGGAGCCAUGAGAGAGUACAAAGUGGUGGUGCUGGGCUCGGGCGGCGUGGGCAAGUCCGCGCUCACCGUGCAGUUCGUGACGGGCUCGUUCAUCGAGAAGUACGACCCCACCAUCGAGGACUUCUAUCGUAAGGAGAUUGAGGUGGACUCGUCGCCGUCGGUGCUGGAGAUUCUGGACACCGCGGGCACCGAGCAGUUCGCGUCCAUGCGGGAUCUGUACAUCAAGAACGGCCAGGGCUUCAUCCUCGUUUACAGCCUCGUCAACCAGCAGAGCUUCCAGGACAUCAAGCCCAUGCGGGACCAGAUCAUCCGCGUGAAGCGGUACGAGCGCGUGCCAAUGAUCCUGGUGGGCAACAAGGUGGACCUGGAGGGCGAGCGCGAGGUCUCGUACGGCGAGGGCAAGGCCCUAGCCGAGGAGUGGAGCUGCCCCUUCAUGGAAACGUCGGCCAAAAACAAAGCCUCGGUGGACGAGCUCUUCGCAGAGAUCGUACGGCAGAUGAACUAUGCUGCGCAGCCCAACGGCGACGAGGGCUGCUGCUCGGCCUGCGUGAUCCUCUGAGGCCCCCGCGGCUGCCGCGCGCCGGCCGCGCUCUGCGUACAAAAGCCAAACGCACCCGACUCUCUAAAUGUGAUUUCUCUUCUAGCUUUGAGAUUGGAGACGACUUUGCAUUGGCCGGGGUAUCCGGGGAGCCCGGCUGGCCUCUGCGGCCGGCGUCCCCCUGCCUCUGCCCUGUGUCUGAGGGAGUGCCCCGUCCUGACCAUCCGAGACGCGAUGGAAAAGUGGCUCUUGGCAGCAUGUACGUUUGUCAUUGAUUUUGGUUGACGCAUAUUUCCCCGUUUAAGUAGCCGUAGGGUGCUGCAUUGGCAGCCUUAACACCGGCAAGCAAAAGUUUCAGCCUGGAAAGAGAAUGGGGUGGGGGACGAAGAGGACGGGAAGGUGGAAGGUGGGGGGGGACUUUUUUUUUCUUCAACAACCGUUUUCUGGUUCCAAGUUUUAAAUACAUGGAAGGAAGUCCGGGAGAACUAAAUGAAGGAGCAGGAAGACAGGAGGAAACUUUUGUUCUUCCCUUGUUUUCAGGAGUAGCUGGAAAUUAAGAUCUGGUUCCUUUUCUGCCAGUUUGGAAGGGCAACCCCGUGACUGAUUGCGAUUCCGAGGAUGUCUAUGCAAAGUUGGAUUCUUGUUACAGUGUAUCCAAUCUGAAGUAUGCACAUCUGAACUGGGGACUAUUAACACUGAUGCCAAUACAGUGUGAGGUGCCAGAAAGUGUCUGCUGAUAUUUGUGGAAAAAAAAUCUAUUUUGUUUACCUACUGUAUCAAAGGGGAGUCUGGGGGAGAACGGUAGUAUUUUUUCUUUUUUUUAUCAGCUGUGAAAAAAUGUUACAGAUCUGCACAUUUUUUGUGUGUACUAUUAUUGUGUGUGUGUGUGUGUGUGUGUGUGUGUAUGUAUGUGUGUUUUCUUAAGUUUAGCUUUUUGUUAUUGGUUGGCAGUAACAGGUUUUGAUGACUAGCUCUUUAAAAUACAGUACAAAGACUUUGAAAAUGUGAUUCAGGGCCCCCAGCACCCCUGUGUCUGCAGAGUGCCUUCAAAACUCAGCUGUUCCAGCCGGUGCCAACCUGUGAACUCCCCACCACAUCCUAGAAUCUGUUAUACCCCAGACCACUUCCCAGUUUCCUUUCAGUAAUCUUCCUGAAGGAGCCAGGACAAUAGGUCCUGUUGUUCAGUGAAUUUCUUUAUUAUUCUAGCCUUUAAAAUGUAAUUUCCAUGUCUUGCAAUUUUUUAAUUAAAAAAAUAAUUUUUUUUGCUUCAUUUUUCAAAUGUUCAGGUAUUUAGUUCCCCUUUUAUAUUUUUAGGUUUUUUUGGUUAUCUGUUCUAGGGUGUUUCUCCAGAAGCAAAGAGCAAAAUUUUACUGUUGUGAUGUACCACAAGAAUUCUAAUUGUAAUUUUUAAUUCCAGACAUGCGUUUAAUCAUUGUCUCUUCAUUUUAAGACUUUUAAUACAAACUUCAUUUUUAAAGAAACCCAAACUAUUGUGUUUCUGUGUUUCAUAUUCAGUGAUUCAAUGCAGCAUCAUGCUUGAGGUGGACAGAGGCAGGUACAUGAUGCCACUAAGAAUUGUUUAUCAAAUUUUGAAGACAAGUAUCUCUGACAAGUUAGGUGACAUUAUUCCUAACCUUAAGUAUGGAAAAAAAUCAUCAAGGUGUAGAAAGCCCUGGAGUAUGGCCAUACCAGCAGACUAUGAGAUGGGCAGGAUACUGUCUGUUCUGACAUGGAGCAGUUUACCUCACAGCAGGUAGGGAGGCAAGAAGCCAACUACUACUACUGCCUUUGAUCUGGGAGACUAAACACAACCCAACCGGGUCAGGCAGGGUAGCACUUUUAAUUUUCUUUCUUUUUUUCCUUUUUUUCAUUUACAUCACAGAUCAAGUCAAAAACAUGUUUGGGGAAGAUGAUUUCCAAUUCUUAAGUCAUACCUAAUAGUGUUUUCUGCAGUACAUUUGUAUGAGUUGUAGACAGAACCUCACCCUAUUUGAGGUUUUGAAUUGGUCGUUUGAUUAAAAAAGAGAAAAAAAAGGAAAAACUAAAGACAAACCCCUUGCUCUCAUUAAAUUGCAGUUUGUGGACCAUUUUGACCUCAUGAAAUUUUCCUUCUGACAGUAGGAGGCAGUGUGAGCUUUUUGUUUUCUAUUUACUUUUAAGGGCCACUUUACAAAUAAAAGCUCUGUAGAAUAAAAGAAGAUGUAUGACAUAUCAAGAGCUUGGUUUAGCUUGAGUCUAUGAAGCGUAGAUGAAGUCCCCCGAAGGGUCUUUUGACGUAGGAAUUUACUUUGCUGAGGAAACCAAAAGAAAUUACAGGCCACAGGUUUCUUUCAAGCCGUAUGAACCUCUUGCCUUAAAAUGUGUCCUUAACCCAAGUGACAUAGUCCAGCAUGGAAGAGGAAUAGAGAAAUUUGUCUGUGAUGGUCCUAUGACCAUUUUUUUUUUCACUCCUGAUCUCACUUAAGUUUAGUAUCAAACUCAAUUGGAAGGCGAUACAUAUAUUCUAAAUACAGAAAUUGAGAAGCUACUCAAAAUUUUGCCUUGGCGAGGAUUCAUUCUUGCACUUGAAAUUAGUUGCAUAAGUAGAUCUAAAGUGUUGAAAAUUCUGAAGACAUACAUCAGGUACUAUGUGAAAAACUUUUUUUUAAAAAGGCACUUGGUGGUUUUAUGGUUUUGCUUUGUUUUUAUGGAAGUUGUUGACAUAAAAUGCUGUCAAGUACCUAACUAACUUAAGAAAUGUAUAUCCUCCUGACACGGUAUAUUUGAAAAUGGAAAAAUGGAAAUGAAAUAGGUUGCUGGGUGUAUUAAUCAUCUGCACUCAGGAUUUAGUCACUUACAUGACUAAAUUCUUUAUAGGUCUGAGGUGGCAGGACAGAAGAUUUUAAUAUGCUUUUACUGAGUACUGUAAAAUAAAUGCUUUUUGGAUUCUCAA